AUAAAACACGUUAUCGUGCCUUCCAUUGCUGCUUUCUUUCUCUCGAAAUUUCGGUUAAAUAUUUUGAAGAUCUCUAUGUUUGGAGUUGAAAUUUCUUCAUAGAGAGUCUUCGCGUCUUUCUCUCAGGCAAUUCUAAUUUUCCUUCCAGAGAAAACUCAUUUCUCGAUCUGGGUUAUCCCAGAUCUGACAAAAUUUGGACUUAAUGGGUAAUUUUGGGAUCUGGGUGUUGACAAUUUGCUUGAUAUUUCAAUCUGGAUAUGGGUUUUAUCUGCCUGGUAGUUACCCUCACAAAUAUGUGGUUGGGGACUAUUUAUCUGUCAAAGUGAAUUCCCUUACUUCCAUUGACACCGAAAUGCCCUUUAGCUAUUAUAGUUUACCCUUUUGUAAGCCUACAGAGGGUGUUAAGGAUAGUGCUGAGAAUCUUGGUGAGCUUCUCAUGGGAGAUCGGAUUGAGAACUCACCGUAUAGGUAGAUGUACACUAAUGAGACUGAGAUCUUCUUGUGUCAAUUUAACAAGUUAUCAGCUGAUGAUUUUAAGUUAUUGAAGAAGAGGAUAGAUGAGAUGUAUCAGGUUAACUUGAUUCUCGAUAAUUUGCCUGCUAUAAGGUAUACUAGGAAAGAAGGUUUUGUGUUGAGGUGGACAGGGUAUCCUGUCGGAGUUAAGGUUCAGGAUGUGUAUUAUGUGUUUAAUCAUUUGAAAUUAAAGGUGCUUGUUCAUAAGUAUGAGGAAACAAAUGUGGCACGUGUGAUGGGUACUGGGGAUGCCGCUGAGGUUAUUCCCACUAUUGGCAAUGGGGGAUCGGAUGUGCCUGGAUAUAUGGUUGUUGGGUUUGAGGUGGUUCCUUGCAGUGUCCUGCAUAAUGGUAACUCUGUUAAGAACUUGAACAUGUAUGAAAAAUACCCAUCUCCAAUUAAAUGUGAGUCGACUACCGUGUCGAUGCCUAUCAAGGAAGGUGAGCCAAUUGUCUUCACCUAUGAGGUUGCCUUUGAGGAGAGUGAUAUCAAGUGGCCAUCGCGUUGGGAUGCUUAUCUGAAGAUGGAGGGAUCCAAAGUUCAUUGGUUCUCGAUCUUGAAUUCUCUUAUGGUGAUCACUUUCCUUGCUGGUAUAGUCCUUGUGAUCUUCUUAAGGACUGUUAGGCGGGAUCUGACGCGAUAUGAGGAGCUUGACAAGGAGGCCCAAGCACAGAUGAAUGAGGAGUUAUCUGGGUGGAAGCUUGUUGUUGGGGAUGUUUUCCGUGCCCCAUCUAAUCCUUCUCUUCUGUGUAUUAUGGUUGGGGAUGGAGUUCAGAUCCUUGGGAUGGCAGUUGUGACAAUCUUGUUUGCUGCUCUUGGAUUUAUGUCACCAGCAUCCCGUGGAACUCUUAUUACAGGUAUGCUAUUUUUCUACAUGAUUCUUGGUAUUGUAGCUGGCUAUGUUGCAGUUCGUCUUUGGAGAACAAUUGGCUGCGGUGAUCACAAGGGAUGGGUUUCUGUCGCUUGGAAGGCUGCUUGUUUCUUCCCUGGUAUUGCCUUUUUGAUUCUAACCACUUUGAAUUUCCUGUUAUGGGGAAGUCACAGCACAGGAGCUAUUCCAUUUUCUCUCUUUGUUAUUCUACUUCUACUUUGGUUCUGUAUCUCUGUUCCACUCACCCUAGUUGGUGGAUACUUUGGGGCUAAGGCACCUCAUAUUGAAUACCCUGUUCGAACCAACCAGAUCCCUCGGGAAAUUCCAGCCCAGAAGUACCCAUCCUGGCUGUUAGUUCUUGGUGCUGGAACUCUACCUUUUGGUACUCUUUUCAUUGAGCUUUUCUUCAUUAUGUCUAGCAUCUGGAUGGGGCGAGUUUACUAUGUCUUUGGGUUUCUGUUCAUUGUUCUGGUCCUACUUGUUGUGGUUUGUGCUGAAGUAUCUUUAGUGUUGACCUACAUGCAUCUCUGUGUGGAGGACUGGAAAUGGUGGUGGAAAUCCUUCUUUGCUUCUGGUUCAGUUGCCAUCUACAUCUUCUUGUACUCCAUAAACUAUCUCAUAUUUGAUCUUAAGAGUUUGAGUGGACCUGUCUCCGCUACUCUAUACUUGGGGUAUUCUCUCUUCAUGGUUCUUGCAAUCAUGUUUGCAACAGGCACAAUUGGAUUCCUUUCUUCUUUCUGGUUCGUGCAUUAUUUAUUCUCUUCAGUAAAGCUAGAUUGAAGAAGCUUUCCCAAACACAAGAAUUGGCACAUUUGAAGAGGUAAAUGGUACAUUGAAGAGGCUCAGGAGAAAAGAAUUCAUCCUUUACAUUAGUCAAUCCUCCUUUACAUAUUACUUUGAGCGUUUACUUUGUUAGGGGACUUUGGUAAAUGUAAUAACAAUAAUUUCGCCCAGUUUUGCUUAAUUCUUUAUUAGAUCUCUAUGAUGCUUGAUAAUGCAAUACAAGUCUGUAUUUGCAUUUUGAUAUAUUGGGGGCCUAUCUAGGUUGUCAUGGUAACUUUAUCUGUGGUACUUAUACUAUUUACUUCUAUGUCCAAACUUUUAUCAGUCGGAAUGCAAUGAGCACGGUUCAUUA